AUGGAUUCGCCAGGUAAAGUGAAAUACAGAGGGAAACCCACGAUCCCGAACGGACUUGCUAAUGGCGUCAAGAAACAGCAUCAAGCAAGGACCAAAACUGGAAAAUUGGAAAACGAGCAGGAACUCGACCGGCAGGUCAAUCAUACUUCCAAAAUCAAGGAAAACGGUAGUAUUAUCAGAGAUGAAGAUGGAAAAUCAUUAGAGCAGCAAAAACCCAAUUUUUGCUCGGUAAAGACUCCUUGGAAACGUAGAUUGCAAACUCUGGCUGUUGCCUGGCAUGUGGGGUCGUUUGUGUACAUUUUGGCAUUUGCUAUCUUGGCAUUGGCAAAUCCUAUAAUGUGGGUUUUAAUGAUUCCGUACAUGGGGUACUACGCCAUAGACCGUUCUCCGGCCAAUGGGAACGUCACAAAACGGUACUCUCCCUGGUUUCGGAGCCUUUCGUUUUGGCGUUACUACUGCGAUUACUACCCGAUUCGCCUCCACAAAACUGCAGAUUUACCUCCUUCCUUCACAGUCAAGGAAUCAGGGAAACAUGAUGUGACCAAAAGUCCAUAUUUGAUAAGCUUCAGAAUCAGGAUUUGGCCCUUCAGGUACUCGCUCAAGUUCAAUAUUCUCAAACGCAGCAACAGCUCAUUGGAGCCAGAAACGGAGGCAACAGGCCCUCGUUACAUUUUCGGUUACCAUCCACACGGUGUAGCUGCUUUGGGAGCCUUUGGAGCUUUUGCCACUGAAGGAGCGAAUUUCUCACAGCUUUAUCCAGGCCUGAAAAUGUGUUUGAUGACACUUAUCAAUCAAUUCCAAAUUCCCUUCUACAGGGAUUAUUUAUUGUCGCUGGGAAUAACGUCUGUGUCCAAAAAAAACGCGCUAAGAGUUCUGCAGCGCAAUCACUCUAUCUGCAUUGUGGUUGGAGGAGCCCAGGAGGCUCUGCUAAGUAAGAUUGGCUCUGCAGACUUGGUGCUCAAGAGAAGAAAAGGUUUCAUCAAACUGGCUUUGGAAACCGGAAACGUAAGUCUCGUGCCCUGUUUUGCGUUCGGGGAAACAGACUGUUAUAACAUUCUGCAAACGGAUGAUGCCUCCUACUUGCGUCGGCUUCAACUGUGGUUCAAGAAAUCUUAUGGGUUCACCAUCCCAUUUUUCUUCGCGCGUGGACUUUUCAACUACGAUUUCGGUCUUAUUCCCUUCCGCAGUCCUAUCAACGUUGUGACAGGCGCACCCAUCUAUGUCAAGGAAAAACAUGAGAAUCCUACUCUUGAGGAUAUCGAUUAUUAUCAAAACCUUUACCUCGAAGAACUUGAGAGGAUUUUCUACUCGAACCGCAAGCGGUUUGGGUACGAACACCAAGAACUAAAAUUUGUAGAAUAA